CGGGGUGUGGCGCCCUGCGCCUGGGGCCGGCGAAAGAGAGAAUGGGGAAGAGGCAGGUGCGUCCUCCACGAACCCUUCCACCUGUACCAAGUCCUAUUCAAGAUGACAUUCCAUUUAAUCGUCCUAAGAAAAAGAAGCCCAGGACAAAAAACACACUAGCUAGUGCUUCUUUGGAAGGCCUUGCUCAGACUGCUGUUCUUAGGCCAUCUGAGGGUAGUGAGCCCCCAACUGGAGAACUCGAAGAGCAUCUAGAGGCUCCUGUUCAAAGGAGACAGAAGAAGACAAGGCUACCUCUUGAAUUGGAGACUUCUUUCACCCAAAAGAAGACGUCUAGUCCAUCUUUAUUACGAAAUGAAAAUGGUGUUGAUGUGGAGCCAGGUGAGGAGGCAGUUAUUCAAAAACCUCGAAGAAAGACAAAGAAAACUAAGCCAGCAGAAUUACAGUAUGCCAAUGAGCUAGGAAUAGAAGAUGAAGACAUAAUUACUGAUGAGCAAACUACUCCAGAACAACAGUCUAUAUUCACUGCACCCACCGGCACCAGCCAUCCUGUAGGCAAAGUAUUUGUGGAAAAAAGCCGGCGAUUCCAAGCUGCUGAUCGUUCAGAGUUGAUAAAGACCACAGAAAACACAGAUAUGUCAAUGGAGAUGAACCCCUCCUGGACCACCAGAGACGUGGCACUUUCAGUGCACCGGGCCUUCAGGAUGAUUGGUCUCUUUUCUCAUGGAUUCUUGGCUGGCUGUGCUGUGUGGAAUAUUGUUGUGAUAUAUGUUUUAGCAGGAGAUCAGCUAUCUAACCUCUCAAACCUUCUGCAACAAUACAAGACCCUAGCAUAUCCAUUCCAGAGUCUUCUCUACUUGCUUUUGUCUCUAAGUACAAUUUCAGCUUUUGACAGGAUUGACUUUGCUAAAACAUCAGUAGCAAUCCGAAAUUUUUUUGCCCUGGAUCCAACAGCUUUAGCAUCUUUCUUGUACUUUACUGCUCUUAUACUAUCUCUGAGUCAGCAAAUGACAAGUGACAGAAUCCACCUUUACACACCUUCUUCUGUUAAUGGUAGCCUCUGGGCAGCAGGAAUUGAGGAACAGAUUCUUCAGCCGUGGAUUGUGGUGAAUCUGGUCGUGACUCUUCUGGUUGGAUUGUCUUGGCUUUUUUUGUCUUAUAGACCAGGCAUGGAUCUUAGUGAAGAGUUAAUGUUCUCUUCUGAUGUGGAAGAAUAUCCUGAUAAAGAUAAAGCAAUCAAAGCCUCUUCAUAAUGCCAACUCACCUUCAGAGGAAUAAUGACCCAGUAUUUUUCCCAUUUUUGUUUUUAAAUAUAUUUUUAUAAGAUGUGUAUAUGUAUAUUUAUAAUAGAUUUUUUGAUUAUAUAAUACUGAAACAUUUCUCAAGAUUAUGUAAAAUGUUAAAAUUGUAUCUAUUUAUACCCGAACAUUAAUUUCUAUAGCAUUACCAUCUUAAUGACAAAGGAGAUAAUGAUUUAGAAACCAGCAGGUAAAAGUGUUUAUUUCCUUUUUUCUCAAAUUAGUUGUAUUUAUACUCAUUAUCUUGAAAAGCACUAAUUCAGAAAAAGCCAUAACUUUAGUGUUACAAAAUAUUUAUCAGGUUUCAACAUAAAUUUAGAGAAUAAGGUAGAAGGGAAAAAAGGCCUUCAUUAUUUAUUUUUGAUGUCUCCUUACUGAAUAAAUUGAAAUAUGAAAUUUGUCUUUUC